ACCUUCAGGGUGGUUGAUACCUUCAGUGUCACCUCACAUCUUUACCUUCCUUAAACUGUAACAGCAACUUAUCCCAAGAAUUUUGCAGUGUGCCAGGGAUAAUCCAUAUUGUGAGUAGGGGGCAGUAACUUAAUCACAAAUAUUAUCGCCGUUAUUUAUAAAUAAAGGAAAUUUGUUAGCGAAGUCAUUUUUAAUAAACGUUUCUACACCGUGUUUCAAAUGUUGACGAGGAAAGACACCGUCGAUUUACUUCUUCCCAGGCGUUAUCACGGCUCUCUCGCCACUACGAACAUCCCUCCCAGAAUUAUAGUUCAACCUGCAGAAUUUUAAGCAAAAUGGCGACAGUAUAAUGGAUGGAGGACGAAAAACGAACAGUGUCAAGUGUAAUAACUAACUUGUGAAUUGUUACUGUUUCCUGCGCUAAGGAGGCAACCUGCAUUUCCACGCUGACCAUAUCCCUGACAAGGAGGUGCCACAUUGAUCGGAUGCGUCGGUCAAUUAAGUGCUAUCGUCGCAUCACAAGGUCGUUUUUUUGAAGAUUCUUUCAGUGAAACCAAUGUUUUGGAAGAGACUGAGUGUGUUGCAGAGAUGGCUGAUCUGAAGCCAAAUGCACAAGAGGACAAAGAUGUGGAACCAGAGUCUGACAGCUCAGGUCCCACUCAGGAACCAUUACACAGCCCCACGUUCUCCCUUAAGAACCAUGCUACAUGUCUGUCAGAGCAGCUGUCCUCGGACGCACGCCGAAACCUUUUAAAUGGAGCCCAGCCGAAUCCAUUUGUAUACAGCAGUGUCCCUGCUGUUCCCCACGCAGGCAAUUCGUUGCCUUUAGGAGCACUUGUUAAUGGACCUGCUUCACACCCCACCUCAGAGGAGAGCUGUGUCCUGAACAAAGGCAGCAUUUUACCCAACAAUGUCCUGGAUACGGCACGGCAACCAGAGAAGGACACAGGCCCUCAGGUGUUACCGCCACCCAUCGUGCUUCAAUCAGACGCUCGGAGAAACACAGCAGGGUGUCUCCUGAAAACACUGCCUACGCAGCCGGGUGCCGCCCCGCCACCGUCUGACACCGAGAAGAGCGCCGCUGAACUUCUCCCUGCACCUCUCCCGGGCCGCGGUCCAGACCAAACACGCGUUAGCCAAAUCCCGACGAACAAAAGAAUAGACGCAGGCUCGAUGUGGGAGUUCGACACAGAGUCGUCGGAGAGCUCCUCCGAUGACCCCGACAACGAGGACGAAGACGCGAACUGGGACCCUCAGAAGGAGCUCAUGCGCUUCUUGUGGAACGGCCACGCCGUAAACAGAGGCCUCGAGGCGAAGUCCGGAAGUCCCCGUUACGGGAGCCAAAGACGGAGGAAGCACAACAACCACACGCCCGCACGCCAACACAAAGGAAGACUUUACUACGGCAACGACGCAAACGAAGACACGCAUAUCGACGCCAAUGAGGAAGACGACCACGAUUUGAACUCUGGGGUCACCGCGGCUUACAAAGGCUGCGAGAAGGACAAUCACGGCGAACGGAGAGACGACGUCGGCGGCACGAAACCGAAAAAGCCGAAGACGGAGCCGUCCGAACAGGAGCCGCCCUGCUUUCCAUUCACAAAGCGCAGUGUUCAUAUCAAGGAACAAAGGCAUUUGCAUAGACACAUGAUAUAUCAUUUAGAUGUGCAUAAUCAGGCGCGCCAAGAGAGCGUCCCGCGACCUUUCAUAUGCAGAGAGUGUGGGCGUUCGUUUCGCGAUCACGGCUCCCUCGCGAAGCACAUGAUCAUCCACCAGGAGCGCCGGGAGAAACUCAUGGAGGAGAUCAAGGGACUCAGCCAGCGUCCGGAGGAGGGCAGGGGUGCCUGGCUGCAGUGCCCCCGGUGUGAGUUUGGUUCAAACUGCCCCAAUGCCUUCGUCCAGCACGCCAAGACCCAUGGCGAGGGAGGCAGGAGUCGCCUGGGCUGUAGAGAACGCAGCCACGAGGCUCUGACGGAACAAGGCCUCAAAGCGCACACGCACAAAGUGCACUUUAAAAAACACGGUAACACGUUCUCGAGCGAGGGCGACUCGAAGAUAGCCACGCUUUGUGACGAUUCGGGUCCUGCUCUCUUUCACUGUAAAGGGUGUUCGUUCACAUCCCACAAUGAAAAUAUCCUCAAAAUGCAUUUGCGGUUGAUACACAAGGAGAUGUCUGAUGAGGACUAUGAGAGCUCACUUUUUGGCAAAGGGUCUAACUGCAAAGAAUCAACAUGCAAUAAAGAUGAGGUAGCCGACCAGUCCAAAAAUGCAGAUUUAAAACCAUUGCAGCUAAAGCCAAAGUUCUGUGUGAAAAAAACAGCUUUCUGGAAAGCAACAGACUUGGCCUUAUGGACUAGUAGUAAAGCUGACUUUCACAUGAGGAACCCAGACACACAGGAGUCGUACAAAGGUCUCGACUCCUCACAGUUCAAGCACAGUCUCGGCAGCUCAACAAACAAGCUGUCACAAUCUUUGCAGAGGAGUGACAAGCGGAGCAAAUUAUCUCUGCAACCGCUCGGGAAAAUUGACGUGACAACAGGUCUCCCUUUUGUCGAGGAAGACAAUCAAGAGAAAGACCACAUAGGCGUCACAGAAAGGACAAAAUAUCCCUCGAACAUGGAUGUGCUGCUCACAUCCAAGACUGUUAAAUCCGAUCAGAUAUUCUGUCAUGGCUACAACUCUGACAGUCGGCAUGGAGACUGUGACUUGGCUGGCAGGAAUUCAGCCAAUGGGCCUGAAUCCAGGAAGAAGAUGUGCAUUCACUGCAAUACAAUCUUUCCUAGUGCUGUCAGCCUGUCCAAUCACCUUAGAGCUUACGCACGGAGAAAGAGGGUGGCGAUGCAAGAAGGCACAAGCUAUGAUUGUAAACAAAAGAAGUUGAGACCAAGACCCGGGCUUAAAAAGAAGAUUUUUCCUCUUUCGAAUGCUGUGGAGCAAAUCUACAGACUGACCUGCAGAUUCUGUGACCUAGUGUUCCAGGGCCCCCUAUCUGUCCAGGAGGACUGGAUCAAGCACUUACAGAGGCACCUAAUGCACAUCGGCGUUCCUCACACCGGGACAGGUAUGGUGGAGAUUCUAGGCCUCCACCAGGAGAUGCCACCGUCGUCCAAUGAGGAGCCUGGACCGGAGCAGCACACGUUGCCGUCCAAUGAGGAGCCUGGAGGGGAGCAGCACACAUUGCCUCUGGGGCUCCCAUUGGUCUCCUGAACCACAGGGCUGUUUACACAUCCACUCUAUCACUUUAGAUCGAUCCUGCACAUGUAUAUUGUGGAUAGAUGCUGAGAACUACUAUAUAGACGGACAUUGUUAGCGGUUAUAAAAGUGUGUAAGUCUUUCCUAUGUUGCACAAGCGGCUUCUUCCUCCUCUUUUGUAUGAGCUCCCUUAGAAAAUAUACCUUGAUAGAUAACGAAACAUAUAUUGUUCAAUAUUUUAAGCGGUUGUGAUACAAAAAGCCUAUUAUCAAAGUUGCUUUUAGAGCAGCAGUCACAAAUUGUAUAUCAAAUUAUCUGCGCUUACUGUGUGUAUAGAGUGCUGUAAAAAUGCAAUCUAUAAGCGAGGUUUCAUAAUCUCACGCUGAAUAAUCGUUCCAUUUGUACAAUGCAACAAUGGCACAUGCAGUGUGUCUUGCUUCCUGUUUUGCACUUUAGCAGUCUGCUUGAAUCCAUUACCAAAAGAGACAACUCACACCUCAGCAUUGCUAGGAAUGCUUUGUCCACUUAGAGUAGCCUUAUAAGAUCCAAAAAUAGUAAACAGGGUUGGUUAUAUGUGUUAAUGACUCAUUACUAAACUAAAGUACUUCCUGUCAAUUAUAGAUGUUUGAUUUGCCUCAAGAAUUAAUAUGAAGAACAUUUUGUUUAUCAAACUGAAACACUUUUUUUCUUCUUCAAGUGGGUCUACAUAUCCCAUACCUCUAGAUUGUAUUGCUUUAAGUUUCCAGUCAGCUGAACAAACUUCCAUAUUGUUUAUUUGAAACACAUUAUUUUUGGCAAUUAAUCGAUGCUGUAGCGUCACCAAGCACAACAUUUCCAUGGUGCUAGUAAAAGGCAUAUAUUCGUCUUUACUCAUCGGGAUGUUUCAGAGAA